UUCUGUUCAGAAAAUAUUCAGUUUCUUCAAAACUGAGGACGGAUACCCCUUUAAAAAUGGAGAAAGGUUGGGAUGUGUGAGACGAUACAUUAAGGUAACACACUGUCUGUUUGAUAUGGAUGGAACAGUUUUAGAUUCAGAAGUAAUAUAUCAUAAAAUGAUUAAACAAAUAUGUGAAAAAUACAAUAGGAAAUAUCCUAAGGAUUUACAACUGCAAGUGUAUGGAUUAACUGACAGGGAGCUUUGUUCACUGGUUGUAAGAGAAGUGAAGAUACCAAUAUCAGUUGACGAAUUCGAGAGACAGUUAAAUGAUUUGGCUCAAAAAAUGUUACCUAGUGCACCCUUACAGAAAGGAGCCGAACGCCUACUUACUCAUCUUCACGAUUACAAAAUACCAAUGGCUUUAGCGACUAACUCUAUGGAACAAUCGGUCAGGCUCCAUGCCACGGCCAGACCAAAACUGUUUGGGUUAUUUCAUCACAAAAUAAGCGUUACAGACCCAGAAGUGUUUCGGGGUAAACCAAAUCCGGAUAUCUUUCUGGUAGCUGCUUCAAGAUUUCCAGAUAAACCAUCACCAAGACAGUGUCUUGUAUUCGAAGAUUCGGCAGUUGGGGUGCAAUCAGCGAAAGAAGCAGGCAUGCAGGUUGUCAUGAUACCAGACGCGCGGUUAGACCGCGAGCACACACGCCACGCGACGCUGGUCAUCCAUUCACUCCUUGACUUCAGACCAGAGUUAUUCGGCUUGCCGCCUUUUGAUGACGCUCCCAGAAAAUACAAGAGAAUUGAAGAUUUUGAGUCUCAGAAAGAUUAUUAA